CGGCUCCCGCGUGCGCGCUCUGCCCGGCGGGCGGGCUCUGGGGCUCGGUCUGCGCCGCCCCCGGUGCCGGCCUCGUGCUCUCGUCGCCUCCUUCCUCCCCCGCCCGCACCUCCCUCCGCUCGGCCUCCCGCCUGCCUCGCCCCGGCUCGCCGCUGCUCCUCCAGCCCUGGCGAGGAGGGGCCCCUGCGCGGCCCCGGACGGGACGGGCUGCGGAAGUGCCUGACGCCUCGGCCCGCGCGGUCCGCGAGGGUCGGGGGGACCUUUGCGGCGGACGGGGACACUCCGUGGUGCCGCCGUGAAGGCCCGCGGGGCGCCCCUCCCUCCCGCUCCUUCGCGUAGCCGCGGCCCCGGGCGUCAGGCCCGCCCCGCUCCGGUCAGGCCGCGGGGUUUUGGGCGGCGGGGGCCGGACCGUGCCGGGUCCGAGUCUCAGGAGGCCGGAAGCCUGUGCCCGGGAGCCACCCCGCGGACUCCGACUGCGGCCGGCGGCUCGUGCGGUGCCUGGGUUCUGCGCGUUUGUGCCCCGGCUCCGCGGGCGCCGCCCCACUUGUGUCCCGGGGGGUGAGCGGCUCCCCGUGGCUGUCCGCAGGGAACGGGCGGUGCGCUCACCUGCUUCCCCGGGGCGGCUGGGCCAUGAGGACGGCGCUCGUGUACCACGAGGAAAUGACAGCCGCGCGGCUGCUCUGGGACGACCCCGAGUGUGAGAUCGAGCGUCCUGAGCGCCUGACCGCCGCCGUGGAGCGUCUGCAGCAGGGUGGCCUGGAGCAGAGGUGUCUACAGUUGGCAGCUCGAGAGGCCUCGGAGGCGGAGCUGGGCCUGGUGCACAGCCCAGAGUAUGUGUCCCUGAUGCGAGGAACCCAGGCCUUGAGCACCGAGGAACUACAGGCGCUGUCUGCACAGUACGAUGCUGUCUACUUCCACCCGAGUACCUUCCACUGCGCCCGGCUGGCCGCGGGAGCUGCGCUGCAGCUGGUGGACGCUGUGCUGACCGGAACUGCACACAAUGGGCUCGCCCUGGUGAGACCUCCUGGGCACCACAGCCAGAGGGCUGCUGCCAACGGAUUUUGUGUGUUCAACAACGUGGCCAUAGCAGCCAGAUAUGCCCAGAAGCAGCACGGUGUGCACAGGAUCCUCAUUGUCGACUGGGAUGUCCACCACGGUCAGGGCAUCCAGUAUAUCUUCGAGGAAGACCCCAGUGUUCUUUAUUUCUCCUGGCACCGCUAUGAGCACGGUCGCUUUUGGCCUUAUCUUCGGGAGUCAGAUGCAGACGCUGUUGGGCUAGGGCCGGGCCGAGGCUUCACAGUCAACCUGCCCUGGAACCAGGUCGGGAUGGGCGAUGCGGAUUACGUGGCCGCCUUCCUGCACGUGCUGCUCCCUGUGGCCUUUGAGUUUGACCCUGAGCUGGUGCUCAUCUCAGCAGGCUUUGACUCGGCGAUUGGGGAUCCCGAGGGGCAGAUGCAGGCCACUCCUGAGUGCUUCGCCCACCUCACGCAGCUGCUGCAAGUGCUGGCCGGAGGCCGGGUCUGUGCUGUGCUGGAGGGAGGCUAUCACCUGGAGUCGCUGUCCCAGUCCGUGUGCAUGGUGGUGAAGGCGCUGCUGGGUGACCCUGCCCCGCCCCUGUUGGGGCCCAUGGUGCCUCAGCACAGUGCCCUGGAGUCCAUCCAGAGCGUUCGGGCAGCCCAGGCCCCUCACUGGACCAGCCUUUGGCAGCAAGGGUCGACCCCCACACUGAGUCUCAGCACGUGCUCCCCAGAGAGGACACCCUCCCCUGUGUCGCCUGGGGGACCCAAAUGCAAGGCAGCGGAGGCCCAGACCUCGGCUGUUCUGAGUUCACUCCUGGACCAGCUGCACCUCUCUGCCACACCCCCUGUCCGCAUGGCUAUUGCCCUGACUGCGCCGGCUGCUGCCCUGGUCCUGCCCCCCGACAUCCUCCGUCAGGAGGAGUCAGCCUCAAGGGAGGAGACACUGGCCUGGGCCAGGCUGCACGAGGCCCUGACCCAGGACACGGCUUUCACUGCACUUGGGAAGGUCCUGCAUCUGUUGAAUGGGAUCCUGGAUGGACAGGUGAGCAGCGGCAUCGCGACAACCCCAGCGGCAGCCUCCACUCUGGAGGUGGUCCUUGGACAGGGCUUGUCCCACGGAGCCCAGAGGGUGUUCUGUGUGGCUUUGGGACAGCUGGAUCGGCCCCCAGACCUUGCCAAUGAUGGGAGGACCCUGUGGCUGAACAUCAGAGGCAAAGAAGCAGCUGCCCUUUCUACAUUCCACGUGUCUGUGCCGCUGUCAGGGACGACGGGUGGGUUCUUGAGCUGCAUCCUGGCGCUUGUGCUGCCCCUGGCCUAUGGCUUCCAGCCUGACCUGGUGCUGCUGGCGCUCGGACCAGCCCAUGGCCUCCAGGACCCCCAAGCUGCACUCCUGGCUGCACUUCUGCGGGGGCCAGCGGGGGGCCGAGUCUUGGUCCUCAUGGAGCAGGAGUCCACAUGCCAGCUUGUGGGGGUCCUGGCCCGGGUGUUGCAUGGAGAGCCUCCCCCCAGCCUGGGUCCCUUCUCCAUGGCCUCCCCAGACGACCUGCAGGCCCUGGUGCACUUGAGAGGGCAGCUGGAAGCACAGUGGGAGAUGCUGCAGGUGGCUGCUCCUUCUGGAGUGCCAUGAGCUGGUAGCUCGAAGUCCACCAGGGUGGAAGUCUUCGCAUCCGGGAGAUGCAAACAUUCGCCCGUACACCACGGCUGGAGGCCUUUGUGCAGAGGGCCAGGACACGGAGCUGGGGAAGGUGCUGGCUCGGGGGCACUCUGUCCAUGGCAGGGACCUGGAGCCCCCUCCAGUGGCCCCCCUCUUCACAGGUGGCCCCAUCCUCACGUCCUACGCUUUUGUGAACCUUAAAAAUAAAAGUUGUUUUACCAGCAA